CGUGCACUCCGACACCAGUGUCAGUUUCAGGGAAACGUCUGAAAGAGGAAGCAGAGUGAGUGCAGCUGGUCUCACUUCUGUGUUCUGCCGCUCCAGAACCAUGUGCAGCAGGGACACUUGGACCCACUUAGACCUGGAUGUGGACCAUGACAGCUGAAGGCCUCAGGACCCCCUUCAGGACCCCCUUCAGGACCCCCCUCCGCUGCUGGACUGGCCUCUGUGUGUGGGUGUGGGCGGUGCUGGUUCUGGUCUCGAACGGGGACGGUGCAGUUGCAGAUCCAAAGUGUCAAACAGAAAUUAAAGUUCGACGCCACACAGUUUAUGAGGCUUCAGUUGGACAGAAGCUGAGGAUUAACUGUACAGUAGAGUUCUGUGAGGGUCCACCACCACCGGUCUACUGGUAUAAACUGGAAAAUAGUGAAGUCCUGGUAAACGUCAGCAGGAUCAGGCACCUGGAAACAGAAUGGAGGAUGGAGAAACAUCUGGGAGGAGUUUCACUGUUGGUGUUCGGUGGAGUUCUCAGCUCUGACUCAGGCAUCUAUCAGUGUGAAAGUGGAAACGCACUGAGUCACUACAUCAACGUGUCCAUCAGUGGUUCGGCGGCGGCUCGUCCUAACGUCACAUCACAGACAGACAGAAAUCACACAUCUGCUUUUACUCCAGACUGGAGCACUUUACAGCCCUACAUGUACUGCGCCGCCGGGAUCAUGGGCAUGGUCGUCAUGGUGAUAGCCGUAUCUGUUCUGUCGAUGCGAGGAUGUAAAGGAAAAGCCCAGGCUGAGUGCCAGACUGAAGCCCAGUACAUGGUGAUCCCCAUGGUUGAAACGCCCUACCCCCCCCCCAGACCUUCAGCCCUCCACCCCCCCGUCUGGCCCACCCCCCAGGACGAAGACCCCGCCCCUCCCGCCCAGAGACAUGACGACCACGUUUACGGGAAAGUAGAAAACGACCGAGAGCGACGACAGAGGGGCGGGACGACAGAGGAGGGGGCGGGCUCUGUGGUGUACGCCGCUCUCAACCAUCAAGCAGGGGCGGGGGCGGGGCCGGGGGCGGGUCCUCGGCCACGGAGGGCGGCGGAGGAAACGUCCGAAUACGCCAGCAUCCGUGUGUCUUGACCAUUAAAGGAAAAGGGAGUGUCUUUAAGAGGUUCACUUUAUUAACCCUUAAAGACCCAAAUGUCCACCUUAAAAGACCCAAACAUCUGCCCUUAAUGACCCAAAUGUCCACCUUUAACCCUUAAAGACCCAAAUGUCCACCUUUAACCCUUAAA